AAUGGCCUCCCAUGACCUCCCCCAAACCGGCUCUCAACGAGACCUGUACAAUCAUCCUGACCAGCAAACACAUACAGCCAUUCCAGAACUUUCCAUGGUUGACUGGAUGCCCCAAUCCGGAGCUAACAAAGCAUGCGAACAGUCAUUAACAGAAGAAGACAGUUUGACAGUUGAACAAGUAAAUUUUGUUCAGUUACAUCAGCAGGACGAUUCCCUACUGAGGAAGCCAUCUGUUACGGAGGCGAGGAAAAGCAAGCAAGAAAUAAUCCCACUUCUUGGUAUAUGUGCAUUUACACACAUGUCAGAAAUCGUGCCCCCAGAAGUGAGACCCAAACCUGUCGUCCCUGCUAAGCCCUCUCAUGUGGUACCACCCACCGGCAUCCCCCCUGCGCCCCUCCAGGGGUCAGGGUCUGGAGGUCAGGGGUCAGGAGGAGGCUCAACAUUGCUGGGAUAUGUUGGGAUAGACACCAUAAUUGAACAGAUGAGGAAGAAAACCAUGAAGACCGGCUUUGAUUUCAACCUCAUGGUUGUAGGUCAAAGUGGCUUGGGGAAAUCCACCUUGGUGAAUACUCUAUUUAAGUCUCAGGUGAGCAGGCGGAGCUCUGGCUGGAGUCGUGAUGAGAAGAUCCCCAAAACUGUGGAGAUAAAAUCUGUGUCACACGUGAUAGAGGAAGGUGGGGUGAAGAUGAAACUGACAGUGAUUGAUACUCCUGGGUUUGGGGACCAGAUAAACAACGAAAACUGUUGGGAGCCAAUAUCUAAAUAUAUCAAUGAGCAGUAUGAAAAGUUUCUGAAGGAGGAAGUUAACAUCGCCCGUAAAAAACGGAUUCCGGACACCCGAGUGCACUGCUGCUUGUACUUCAUAUCUCCAACUGGACACUCUCUCCGGCAGCUGGACAUUGAGUUCAUGAAGCACUUAAGUCGAACUGUGAACAUCAUUCCUGUCAUUGCCAAAGCAGAUACUCUCACCCCUGAGGAAAAAACAGAGUUCAAGCAGAGGGUGAGGAAGGAGCUGGAAGUGUGUGGAAUUGAAUUUUAUCCACAAAAGGAGUUUGAUGAAGACCAGGAAGACAAGGCUGAUAACGAUAAGAUCAGGGAGGCCAUGCCUUUUGCAGUAGUGGGAAGUGACAAAGAGUACCAAGUCAACUGCAAACGAGUUCUGGGUCGGAAAACUGCCUGGGGAAUAGUAGAAGUUGAAAACCCAAAUCACUGUGAAUUCUCUCAACUACGGGAUUUCCUGAUCAGGUCUCACCUCCAAGACCUGAAGGAGGUCACUCACAACAUCUAUUACGAGAUGUACCGGGCCAAAAGGCUCAACGACAAUGGAGGACUCCAUCCAAUCUCAACCAGCAACAGCACACAGGAAAGCAACCUGUAAGAGGGAAUCAGUGAGCGAGAGAAUGAUUAGCGAGAGGUCGAUAAUGAAAGAUGGUAACGAAUAAUAUUUUUGAGGAUAGGAUAAAUACAUUAGCACGUGACCUUGUGGAGUUCAUCUUAAAGCUUUUUAACCAUCUGAGCAUGUUCGUCAUUGCCUCUCUUUCUGCAAAAGUCCUUUUUAAAACUCAUAAUAACAGCACAUCAACCUAAGAUGGAGACAGACGGAAACGUUCAUGAGUAUAGCCUCUAGAUAUUACAUUUACGCCUAGAAGUUAAGGUGCCACAGUAUAGAUGGAUGACAGCACUGCCAUUCAACUGCACACAAUACAUAGGAGUCUAUAAAUCUUUGUGUGAAGUCUCCUGUGUGUGAUCACUUUGUCUAACAGACUUUAUUCUCUACCUGCCAAACAAUUCAGAACUCAUAACGUUUUUGCAAGCCUUGAUGGUGAUAUAUUGAUGUGCACAUCAAUGUACUCAUAUUUAACUAUUCCUAAACACACUGCAGCAUUUUCCACUGGCUGCUUCUUUUACAUAGCUCACCCAGAUGACCAAUGAUCCUUUUGUACACCAAUUCAGGACUCCCGUAUUAUCCAGAAUAGCACACCAAGUACUAAGCAGAAAUCCUCUAAACCCAAGGUUUUUGAAGGUUUACCCCAAUACAUUUUGUAAACAUGUUUCUAGACCGUGUGCACAAGUGUGUGUGAAUGUGUAUGUGUGAGUGUGUGUAUGAGAGAGAGAGAAUGUGCCUUUAUAUCUUUUAGAUCCAUCUUUCAAGUGUUCAAGCAGUUCAAAAAGAACAUAAUUUUCAACCUUAAUUUUUUUUUUUUAAACAAAUAUUUCAUGUGUGCCAUUAUUUAUAUCAGUGUGCAUGUAUAUCGCUGGAACAAAGGAACUGCUUGAUGUCUAAAAGUUCACUUUGGUGUUAACCACUUGAUGUUUCAGUCAAUGCACAGGUCAAUUCAUAUUCUAUUUAGGCAAGAGAAAUUGAACUGUAUCACACCUCAGAUCAUCUUUUACAUUCUGCCAUAAAUCUUAGGAUGAAUACCCCUUUUUAUUUAUUUAAUCUAAGUUUUUUCUCAUUAAUGCUUUUUGUGAAAUAUUUAAUCACAAGGACGUAUUCUUGCCUAGUGUUAUGUUUUUAAGUGUUAUUUAUUACAUCAUUUAAUAAAUGUUUUCCAUCA